AUGCAAUUUCGGUACACCUACCAGCACAGUCGAUACACCUACCAGCACAGUCUAUACACCUACCAGCACAAUCGAUACACCUACCAGCACAGUCUAUACACCUACCAGCACAGUAGGUACACCUACCAGCACAGUCGGUACACCUACCAGCACAGUCUAUACACCUACCAGCACAGUCGAUACACCUACCAGCACAGUCGGUACACCUACAGUCGGUACACCUACCAGCACAGUCGGUACACCUACCAGCACAGUCGGUACACCUACCACCACAGUCUAUACACCUACCAGCACAGUCGAUACACCUACCACCACAGUCGGUACACCUACCAGCACAGUCUAUACACCUACCAGCACAGUCUAUACACCUACCAGCACAGUCUAUACACCUACCAGCACAGUCGAUACACCUACCACCACAGUCGGUACACCUACCAGCACAGUAGGUACACCUACCAGCACAGUCGAUACACCUGCCAGCACAGUCGGUACACCUACCACCACAGUCGGUACACCUACCAGCACAGUCGGUACACCUACCAGCACAGUCGGUACACCUACCACCACAGUCUAUACACCUACCAGCACAGUCGAUACACCUACCACCACAGUCGGUACACCUACCAGCACAGUCUAUACACCUACCAGCACAGUCUAUACACCUACCAGCACAGUCUAUACACCUACCAGCACAGUCGAUACACCUACCACCACAGUCGGUACACCUACCAGCACAGUAGGUACACCUACCAGCACAGUCGAUACACCUGCCAGCACAGUCGGUACACCUACCACCACAGUCGGUACACCUACCAGCACAGUCGGUACACCUACCAGCACAGUCGGUACACCUACCACCACAGUCUAUACACCUACCAGCACAGUCGAUACACCUACCACCACAGUCGGUACACCUACCAGCACAGUCUAUACACCUACCAGCACAGUCUAUACACCUACCAGCACAGUCUAUACACCUACCAGCACAGUCGAUACACCUACCACCACAGUCGGUACACCUACCAGCACAGUAGGUACACCUACCAGCACAGUCGAUACACCUGCCAGCACAGUCGGUACACCUACCACCACAGUCGGUACACCUACCAGCACAGUCGGUACACCUACCAGCACAGUCGGUACACCUACCACCACAGUCUAUACACCUACCAGCACAGUCGAUACACCUACCACCACAGUCGGUACACCUACCAGCACAGUCUAUACACCUACCAGCACAGUCUAUACACCUACCAGCACAGUCUAUACACCUACCAGCACAGUCGAUACACCUACCACCACAGUCGGUACACCUACCAGCACAGUAGGUACACCUACCAGCACAGUCGAUACACCUGCCAGCACAGUCGGUACACCUACCACCACAGUCGGUACACCUACCAGCACAGUCGGUACACCUACCAGCACGGUCUAUACACCUACCAGCACGGUCUAUACACCUACCAGCACAGUCGGUACACCUACCAGCACAGUCGGUACACCUACCAGCACAGUCGGUACACCUACCAGCACAGUCGGUACACCUACCAGCACAGUCGAUACACCUACCAGCACAGUCGAUACACCUACCAGCACAGUCGAUACACCUACCAGCAUAGUCGUGGGGUGUUAGUAUGA